AUGAAUAUACUUAAAUCCUUUGAAACAGGAAGUAACCAAAAGGGAAACAUUCAGAGCACUCUGCAAAAACAAACUGAACAGGAAAUUAUUCAACAUUUUGCAGGUGAGAAUGAGAGUAAAACUGUUCUAGAUGUAUUCUUCCUUGGGAAGGCUCUGGCAGAAGCACUAAACGAGCGUAUAGAGUCGACUCUGGGGGAAUUUCUAAGUACAAUAGGUAGAUUGCAAGCUGAGCAACAAAAGCAAGUACAAGAAUUUCAGGGGCGAUAUUCAUACAGCCUUGUCGUGGAACCAAAAUGUCCUGGUGAAGAACUUGGGUUUACUGCACUGGAUGCCUUAGCAGACAUGGCUGGGGCUUUAGUUCAGUCAACCAAUUUACCCUUUUCAGUUACCAGUGUAAGGAAUGGAGAGUUCAGGAGAAGGAAAAACACAAAUAGAACAGUUACAAUGCGAUGUAACUUACAAACAACACCCUUAAGAAUGAGGAGUUUCUCAGGACUGCGAACAUCUAAUGCCGUAGACUUGAUGAAGCAAACUGGCCAGACACUGCAAUCAAAGGUUGCAGUUAUCACCUCUGUUAGAAAAGGAAGAAAAUGUCGUCACAAUUACAUUGGACCAGAGCACUUGUUGCUGGGAUUACUUCGUGAGGAUGAAGGAGUAGCAGCCCGUGUUCUUGAGAACUUAGGUGCGGAUCCAAGCAAUAUUCGCACACAGGUUAUUAGAAUGGUGGGUGAGAGGGCGGAGGCUAUUGGUGCUGGUGUUGGUGGGAGAAGCUCAGGAAACAAGAUGCCUACACUAGAGGAAUAUGGAAUCAAUUUAACCAAGCUAGCUGAGGGUAAAAUAGAACGAAUUACUCAAAUUUUGAACGAUGUUGGGAAAACAGCUAUUGCAGAAGGCCUAGCUCUGAGAAUUGCCAAUGGCGAUGUCCCUGAGACAAUUGAGGGGAAAAAGCUAAUGUUUAUCACCGAGAUAGCUUUCAGUGACACUCCGACGACAAUAUUUUGGACGGGCUCCAGAGUUGAUAGUUUUCUAAUGUUGUAUUGA